AGCCUGGCUUGGUAUUCACAUUUGACAUGGACGACACUAGUGACGAGACGGUACUGUUUGGUAAUUUUUCAUUGGAAGAAACCGACACCAUAUUAGAAGAUACAAAACCAUCAGAAACCGUGUCAAACCAAGAAGAAAAUUCCACCAUUGGGAAAGAAAUGGAAGAACGAAAAGAGGAAAGCGAAAAACAGGAGAAAGAAUCACGAGUCAACGUUUUCAAAACGGAUUGCGACAUAACUGGCUGUACAAACAAGAUUCCYUCGUGCAGAGAGUUGAAGAAGUGGGAAGCCGAGGAGGAUGACGACAAAGCCUACGAACCACAAUGUCUCGAGAAGGACGAUAAAGACGAUUUAUUGAAGUCAUCUGUGAACAUUUUUUUUUCUGACUUUAAACACAGAAAAGGAAAACCUCUACUAGAUGCAAGAAAUUUUACAGUAUUAAUCAAGAAUAGUGUGCAGUUUCCAAACUUUAAAAUAUCCAAGAGAAAUAUUGACUCAAAUGCAGACUCGAAGACACUGAAGAAUUGUAUGUACGAUAAGAAAAACUCUCCGCUUUGCCCUAUAUUCAAACUACAAACCAUUGUAGAAGAUGCAGGGGAGAACUUUACUCAGCUUGCCUUUGAGGGUGGAGUAAUGGGAAUCAUUAUUAACUGGCAAUGUGAUUUUGAUUCUCUGUCAUACUCAUGUGAACCAGUCUAUUCAUUCAGAAGACUUGACGAUGCUCAUGCACCUAUUGCAGGUGGUUAUAACUUUAGACAUGCUAAUUAUUAUGUCAAGAAUGAUACUCUCCAUCGAACAUUAUUCAAGUCUUAUGGCAUUCGUUUUGUUGUCACAGUGAUAGGACAGGGAGGCAAAUUUAGCGUAAUACCUUUGUUUCUUAACUUGGGUUCAGGCUUGGCUCUCUUAGGAAUCGCUACAGUCUUAUGUGACAUAGUUGUCCUGUAUGUACUAAGAAGAAAGAACUUCUACCGGGAAAAGAAGUAUCAGUAUGUAACAGAAAACACAGAGCAAGAGACAUUCUUUAACAAAUAUGGCAGCACUCCUUAGAUGUGUAAAUUGGAAUAAUAAACUUGGAAUUCACAUUUAGUCGAACCUUACAAAACCUGGCAAACAUGUAUCCUUGGUAACCAGAUAUUGACAGGAAACUCCUCCAUCCCCUCCCCCUCCCCCUCCCCCUCCCCCCAAAGGGAAGAACACAGUGAAAGAUAAAGAGUGAAGUGACAAAGCUAAUGUUUGGUAAUACACAGUCAUGGUGAAAGACGAAAGACAAUCGAAAAGAAAAGUCACUUCCUAAUUUAAUAUUAAGACAUAACCCAUCGGUUGGUUUGUUGCUUGCUGUCUUUACUUUCAAGUUGAAGAUGGUUAGUAUUCAAUAAAAUAGACCUAUCCCGAAUUCGCUUGACUGACCACGAAUCAAUGGUUUGAAUGGUUCUUUUAUUCAUCAAGUUCAACCUCGACUUGAAACCAUCGGUGUACAACAUCCCAAUUCCGAUCAUUUGCUUUCAUUUUCAGCACGGUUAUAGUGUUGUCCUCUUUUAACCCUAAUCCUGAAUGACAUGAGUGUAUAUUGGGAACUGAUGACGUAGUGAUAAAAAGGUAAAGAAGUUAUCGUCCAAGAGAACAAGAGAUCCGGCGGGCCUGGUUCACGACGCCCGAGAGGACGAAAGUAGGCCCAGAAAUGCCAAGUGUUCUCAAGGAGGARUAUGUUCUGUUGGAUGAACAAAUCUUAAUCUCAGAACAUCGUAACUACUACGACAGAAGGCUACUCUACAACAGUCGUCUGCAAAGGAUUUAGCUCUAGAAAUUUUAAACUUUGAUAUCCUUUAGUGCCAUGGCAGGUAUUGUUCGCCUUAAACCUUUUGGAGGUAAUUAUCGUUGCGUUCUAGCACGGAUUCUGACUYAGAGGCGUUCAGUCAUAAUCCAACAUAUGGUAGCUUUUCAGCCAAGUGCAAAUUCCAAUUGUCUGACUCUGCGGCUCCUCUCGUACUGAGCAAAAUUACUGUUACAGCAACACUAAAACCAGUAGGGUAAAACUAAUCUGUCUCACGACGGUCUAAACCACAGGAAGCCCGGCUUAGGAAAUUGUACAUGAAUAAAUAAAUCAAUAAAGU